AUGCUCUUCUUCCUCUUGGUCAAGGACAGAAGGGUAGUAGGAAAGAUGGAGAGACUGCCGAGCAUGUUUGACUUUGUGACGGAUCGACUGCUGGACCGCCGGAUCUACAAGACCACUCCCAACAGUAUUAUUGUCAACGAGUACGAAGCAGGACAGGGGAUCAUGCCCCAUGUCGAUGCACCUAAACUCUUUGGACCCACUAUCACUGCCUUGUCACUCCUCUCCGACUGUGUCAUGACAUUUCAGCAUGUCAAAGAACCUAGUCUCAUCUUUCGUGUUCACCUUCGGUGGACAGGAGCAAAGUCAGACGCCAAGCCGUUGUGGGGCUCAAGCAUCUGUAUCGCCAUCAUCUUGUUCCUCGGUAUCCACGUGUAA